AGGUACAGUAUGUUGUAAGUAGCUUGAGCUGGUUUCUAUCAUUGAUUAUUUUCAGGUGAACCAAAGUUCGUCUGUGAAAAAAACGGAAUAUGACCAAAAAUGUUUAAAAAUACACAGAACCUGGAAAUGUGGAACCUUUUUGUCAGCACUGUGAUGCAGCAUAUUUUUAUAAAAGAGAUUUAAAGUACCCGUUUUGAAAAAACCAUGGCAUACCAAAAAACCAAAAUGGCAAUGUUGAUGUUAUUGUGGUGGAUCUGGAUGUUACGAGAUAAACUGCAUAUGUUCUUGUUGCCAUAAAAUGAAAUAGUUUGAUGAAAGUAAUCUAUAUUGCGUUAUCCACUAUUAGAAUAGUGUCAUCAGAAUGUCACCCAAAUCCACCCUCAAUUUGGCUGAACUAUGAUAUCAAUGGAAGAGAACCAGAGUACGACUGCCAAACCUGUCAGAAACGUUAUAUGACUAAAACUGGCUUAAACAUGCACAUCAAGUUGAAAUGUGGUGGAAAGGAGAAAACAUUUUUCUGUCAUAUCUGUAGUGCAGCAUAUUUUUAUAAGAAGGACUUGAAGAACCACUUAUGGAGGCAUCAUGGUAUACCAAAAAAGCAAGAUCAUAUUGAUGGUGCAAAACAACUGUGAACCUAAUCAACAGCUUUUAAUAAGUCGUU